UUCUCAUUGUUGACCUGCCUGAACAAACCAUAAUUGUAUUUUGCAAUUAGUUUCCCUUCACCUCUCUAAUGGCAUUGGCCAAACACCAAAUUACACAUGAUUCAAUCAACAUGGGAAGCAAGGUUCAAACUUGUGUUUUCAAUGAGUACCACCACAAAUCUCUGCUUGAAGAGGAAGGUGGCUCACAGAAUACCAAUGGACUCAGCAAUGAUUCAGCUAUAACCCAUUCUUCUCCUUCUCUAUGUGGUACUAGCAAUGAUGGGUAUGUUUAUCAUAAGAGUACAAACUAUCAGCUUGAAGAAGCAGAGUCUUUGAUUGAUUUCAAAGACAGUGGGAAAAGCAAUCUUAUGCAAGCUAGUGGAUCUUUGCUUAGCUUUCAGAAAGAGCACUGUGUUUGGGAGAAUGAUUUGCAGCAUCAAGGGUAUAACCAAUGGAACCAAAUUCAGUUAGGAACACAAGAAUCAGUCUUGAAAAAACGCCCUUCUAUGGGAGAGAACAUGAAAGCUGUGAAGAAGCAAUGCUCAACUGAGAGUAUAGCACCAAAACCAAAGUCAAGCUCAUCCAAGGAUCCUCAAAGUGUGGCUGCCAAGAAUAGAAGGGAAAGGAUAAGUGAGAGGUUGAAGAUACUACAAGAACUUGUGCCUAAUGGCUCCAAGGUUGAUUUGGUUACCAUGCUAGAGAAAGCAAUUAGUUAUGUAAAGUUUCUCCAAUUGCAAGUGAAGGUGUUGGCAACUGAUGAAUUUUGGCCUGUCCAAGGUGGAAAAGCUCCUGAUAUUUCCCAAGUAAAAGAAGUCAUUGAUGCCAUUCUUUCAUCCCAAAGAGAUAGAAGUUCAGGCUCAAACUAGAUGAUUUGAAGAUCAUGAAUUUUCAGGGAAAUAAUAUCACACAAUAUUUCAAGCACAACUUUGCGUACUUAGAAAAACCUUGCUCUGAAGAGUUGGUCAUUCUGAAGGGCAUUUUAGCAAAAUUUAUAUUAGUGGCGAUGCGAGUGUUCAAAUUGAGUGAAUAGUCAAAUUGAUCCAUAAAAGUGUAGGGCGUUGGCCAAUUCAUCCCUAAAAGAAGAAAAUACUCAUACAAUUUCUGAUUGUGUAAUAUCCAGCACCGAACACAAGAUCAAUUUGACCAUUCACUGGCUUUAGACUAGAUCAAUAGUACCUUCCCUUUUCCUUAACGAUUAUGUAUUGUAUAUUUGUUUAUGUUGAGCACAUUAUUAAUUAGCAUGGAAUAAAAAGAUAUCAAUCACGCGAGA